UCCUCAGCGUCUUUGUUAAUCAGCACCUUCCUGACCUCUGCUGUUUGUUGGAUCCAGCCUCUUAUCAGACUUGCACGGUCACUCCCUCCCUCUUCUGACAAGCAGUCAAUAUUCAGGCUCCCACCCCACCUCUCACAUAUGUCUUACUCACCUCACCCUCCUGCUCUCCCUCACUGCUCCAAUCUCUCAGCAAUUCAGACACAGAGCUGAAGAUGUCCUGGACAUACACAACCCUCCUGGCGCUCCUCACUGUGCUUCUUGCACUUUCCUUGUCUCCAGAGGCCGACUCUGCAGCUGUAUCCAGCAGCACAGGCAGCGGUAAAGAUCCACAAGGUCCACUGAAGAAGAUCUUCAUGAAGGAGGCCGAUGCCUCAAACUUCUUCCAACAGCGCAGCAGACGGGGUGUGAAGUCUCAGGAUGAGAUCGAUGCUGAGCAGAGGCAGGUUCUGGCUGCAGACGAACGUAAGAGAGAGUUCCACGAGAAGAGGAGGAACGAGUUCGAGAACUACGCUGAAGAGGAGAAUGAUGAACAAGAUGAGAGGACCAGAGAGAGCAGCGAGCAGUGGAGAGAGUUCCACUACGACGGGAUGCAUCCUCCACAAUAAUACGACCGUCACUCCAUCGGAGACUGGAGGGCAGUAAGAGAGGAGAGAUGGCAGGAUUUUAAGGAAACAUCUCUUCUUGUGCAUAACGAUGCUUUUCUCCACACAGCUACAGUUAAAAUGUUUCAGCCAUGUUUGGGCUUGUUUUAAACUCAUGUUGCUGAUAUUGGCUUUGCUUCCUCGCUGUUUGGGGACUCACAGACCCAAAUUCUUUAUGUGUCAAAGUAAUAAUAAUAAUUGCAAAAUAUUCCAAAUUUUUUCUUUCAAACUCUGACCAUGUUAAAUCUCACUAUGUAAAAAAAAAAAAACAGAAGUAGUACCCUUCCCUUUGCCAAAAACUGGGUUUCACAUUUGAUGAAGUUGAUAAAAAGCAUUGUGAUUACACUGUGAUGAAAUUGAAUGUUUUAUAUAUUAAAUUCAC